AGUCCUCUUGAGAUGUCAGUCAGGCUGGGUGUGUUAACUGCUCCUGCAGUCAUCCUAGAGAUGCCCUGUAUCCAAACACAAUAUGGGACCUCGCUUCAGAAUGGAGGGUCCUACGAGCGCUACCCAGCAGACCUCUUGACCCCUGAGUUUGGCAAACCCACCAUGGACCUGGUCAAUACUGAGAUCUCUGCUGCCACAACUACUCUGCCCAGCUUCAGUACCUUCAUGGACAAUUAUACAGGCGAAUUUGACGCUUUCCUCUAUCAGAUUCCAGCUGCGAACCCCAAUACCGCAUCCUUCAAGCUGGAAGAUUUCCAAGUAUACGGUUGUUACCCUGGUCCCUUCAGCAGCCAGUUGGAUGAGACCAUGUCCUCAAGCGGCUCAGACUAUUAUGGCAGUCCGUGCUCAGUCCCUUCUCCUUCCACGCCAAGUUUCCAGACUUCCCAAGGUCCAACUUGGGAGAACUCCUUUGGAAGCUAUUCCCCCACUCAUACCUAUGAGGGCAUGAGGCCUUGGGUGGCGGUGGCAUCAGCAGAACCUCCCAAAAGUAGUUCAGCUCAACCAUCUUAUUUUUCCUUUGGCCUUUCGGCUCACAGCCCUGGAGUCCCACCCCAGAGUCCGCUGAAGAUGCAACCGACGGCCCACCAGCACUUGGUGGAUGGAGAAGUCUUUUCACUCCCGCAAACCUCCUCCUCAGUCCAUUUUUCUCCUUUGCCACUCAGCCAGGCCUCACCAGGCCUAGAUGGCUCUGGCCUGAUGGACAAUUCCCUCUCUCCGACAAAGACACGCAGCCCUGGAUCCAACGAAGGGCGCUGUGCUGUGUGUGGGGACAACGCUUCAUGCCAACAUUACGGUGUCCGGACCUGUGAGGGCUGCAAGGGCUUUUUCAAGCGUACAGUACAGAAGAAUGCUAAAUAUAUCUGCUUAGCCAACAAAGAUUGCCCUGUGGACAAGCGGCGGAGAAACCGGUGCCAGUUUUGUCGGUUCCAAAAGUGCCUUGCUGUGGGAAUGGUCAGAGAAGUGGUGCGGACAGACAGCUUGAAAGGCCGACGUGGUCGGCUGCCCUCCAAGCCCAAACAAGCUCAAGAUAUUUCACCGGUCAGCCUCAUCUCCUCUCUUGUGAGAGCACACAUAGAUUCUGUACCCAGCGCUACCAAACUCGACUAUUCCAAGUUCCAGGAAUCUGUCUCUUAUCAGUUUGAGAAGGAAGACUGCAUGGAUGUGCAGCUGUUCUACGACCUAUUGACGGGCUCAAUGGACGUGAUCCGGAAAUGGGCAGAGAAGAUUCAGGGCUUCUUGGAGCUUCCAAAAGAGGACCAGGACCUGCUUUUGGAAUCUGCUUUUUUGGAGCUCUUCAUUCUACGGCUAGCAUACAGAUCCAAGCCAGAAGAAGGCAAACUUAUCUUCUGUAACGGCGUUGUGUUGCAUCGUAUGCAGUGUGUCCGGGGUUUUGGAGAAUGGAUAGAUUCCAUCAUAGAAUUUUCCCAGAACCUCCACCGCAUGAACAUUGAUGUGCCCUCCUUCUCCUGUCUUGCAGCACUUGUCAUAAUUACAGAUCGCCAUGGGCUAAAGGAGCCAAAGAAAGUUGAAGACCUCCAGAACCGCAUUGUCAGUUGCCUUAAGGACCACAUGACUUCCAUCACCAGUGAGCAGGUACAGCCCAACUGCCUCUCAAAAUUACUGGGCAAACUUCCUGAGCUCCGCACCCUCUGCACUCAAGGCCUACAGCGCAUCUUCUACUUGAAGCUAGAAGACCUGGUGCCCCCUCCUCCAAUUGUGGAUAAAAUAUUCAUGGACACACUGCCAUUCUGAGGACUAGGUGGAAGGAAGCCACCACUACCAUGAACCAAACGGUGCUUUCUUUGGGGGAGAGUGGCUUUGUUUGGGUUUCUCCUCAUCUUGCCUCCUACUACCACCACCAUCACCAUUUAUCUUCCUCGGAGGGAGAGAAAAAAAAACUAGCAGAAAAAAGCUUCUGCCACCUUCCAUCCAGAGGGAAGUUGGCGGGAAUAUUUCCAGAGAUAUUUCCAGAAGAGUGUUUUAAAACGUUAGUCCAGUGGUUGGAGACUGAAAACCAUAAACACUGUACGAGCCCUUUCCCCCUCAUUCCCUUGACGUAUAGAGGUUACCGGGACAUUUAAGAAUUGCCAUGUAAUUCUCUCUGAACUUGGGACACCUUGGAGUUUGUAUUUUAUUUUAUUUUUUACUUGUGGGGGAAGCCCUGUGUGCCUUCUCGGGUUACAUGCACAAUCCCUAAACAAUGCUGCCUUGUUCCAGGACCUGCCAACAGCUCUGUGUGCAAUCCAGCACCCUUCUUCCAUAGUGUUGCAUGGAGCCACUGUCUGUGUCACGAAUGGAACUUUUACAUUGAUUUGACAGUUGAAGGCCAGUUAGAAUUUUUUUUUUUUUAAAAAAAUGGUUGCCUUCUCUUUUUUGACCUUGUCAUCAGCCCUGGAUUACACUCACAGGUUUGGCAAGUGAAGUUUUCCAACCCUCGGCCUAGAAGCUGCUUGCAUCCUGUCCUUGGUGCAACUCUGGGGGUGGGGGUAGGGGUAGAGUUCAGGGAGAGUUUUGCCGUAAAUAAGCAUAUGUCCCUCCCGCCUUCUGCUUAGACAGUGGCUGUUUUGCUCUGUUGAGUAAUUUCUUUGUAAAAGAUGUAUAUAAGAAGAACGAUGAGUUGGUUUGUAAAUACAGAGGAAAGGAAGGCUCUUUGUCUUGAGCCACCAACAGUUGUGUAUCGCUCUACACCUGCAGGACACCUUCUGUCUUUAUAUGUAAAUAACUUUGUAUUGUAAAGUCCUCCAUUUUUGACAUUUAUAUUUGUCUGUCCCUGCUUUCCAAUUUCCAGUAUGUGACUUUUCCAAUUAUUAAUAUAUAUAAAUAUAUAUAUUUAAUAUAUUGAAUAAAAAAGAUUAUCCCGGUAACUCUUAAUGUAAUGUAAUGUAACUCUUAAUCCCACUUGUUUCUGUGCCUGAUCAUUUAUAUGCCAGAGUAGCCCAGGUUCUGUGAAACUAGAGAAUUCUGUGCAGGGGAAAACAUGGCUCUCAUCCCAUGCUUCACAUCCAGAACAGAAGUGAAGAGGCCAGAAUAGAAAGGAAAGAAAAAAAACAACCGUAAGGCCAGAAACUAACACUGUUUCCUAUGGUAUUUUACACUUUUAUAGAAAGCAGUGAUAGGCUUUUUUUCUCAACCCUGUUGGGUGAUUGGGCCUUUGAUGAUUGCAACAGGCCUUUUGCACAGAAGGUUGUCUGAUCCAAAUCCAAAACCUCUAGGGAAUUCCUGGAAGCUUGGCAUUCAGACAAAUUUGCCAUCAGCAAACACAUAGAAAUAAACCUUAUUUACACGCCAUUCAAAAGAGACAACCUUAAGCU